UAAGGCAUCUAGAAGACAACUGAAAGAGACAAUCUACUCAGUGCUGUUCCAUAUGAAUGUUCCCGUUGUUUGUGCAAUCAAUCAGGGUGGAAUAUCAAAUGGUGAAAUGAUAACCAGGAGGAUAGCUUUCAAGCCUACUUAUACAAUUGCAAGGAAACAACAUACAGUGACCAGAGACCGACAUGAGAUUGAACUCAUUGCACGAGGACGCCAUGAUCCUUGUGUGGUCCCUCGAGUUGUGCUGAUGGUGGAAGCCAUGGUUGCUUUGGUUAUUUUGGAUCAACUGAUGGUGCGGUAUGCACAAUGCCAGUUGCUACCCAUCAACCCUUGCCACCAAGAACCUAUGGAGGCACCAAAGCUUGAGGUUUGUUUUACCUGAAACAUUGUCCAGUUGUUACUACUUUAAGGUUUCAAAUUUUCUUCAGGCAAUUUGUGGUUGUAAUUUCACUGUUAUGUCUCAGCCUUCGGAGCUUUUCAGAGUGAUAUUUUUAUCUCAUUUUUUUUUUUUUUUUUUUUUAAUUUUUUUAAGCCAUGAAAACUUUGCAAGAUUAUGUGAAGUAAAUUUUUAUGCUUCUAUUUAGGUUCUUCUGUGAAUCAAAUAUGUAUUUGCAAAAUAGUCUUGCUUGUACAUCUUGAUCAUUAACUCUGAGCUUUCUACAAAUUGUGGAGAAACUUCUAAUUGCUGCCAUUGCAGAUGCUGAUGUUAGUGUUCGUCAGUCAGUCUUUCUAUCUCUGCAUGGAAAUGGAGGUUUCGAUGAAUUUUUGGCACAGGCUGAUAGUUUGAGUGCUAUCUUUGUUGCUCUUAAUGAUGAGGAUUUUGAUGUUCGAGAGUUUGCUAUAUCAGUUGCUGGCAGAUUGUCUGAAAAGAAUCCAGCAUAUGUUCUGCCUGCACUUCGUCGCCAUCUCAUACAAUUGUUGAUACAUCUUGAGCAAAGGUAAUCUGAAAGAUAUCUACUUUCCAAUAAUAUUAUUGAUUUAUGGGGAAAUGGAUGCCCUUUUAUUUGUUUCACAUCAUUAUCUUUGAAAUAUUCAGAUCACAACUUUUCUCUUGCUAUUUAAGCAGUGCAGAUAGCAAAUGCAGAGAAGAAAGUGCUAAACUCUUGGGUUGCCUAAUUCGCAACCUAAUGUUGUAUUAGACGUAAUCGAAAAUCAAAAGUAGCCUUCAUAUAUGGAGGUUAGUUUUUUCUAGUUGAAUAUUUAAUACAGAAAUGGCAUUUUAGUGAUGUCUCAUUA